AUGAGAUUUGAAGAUUCAGCAAAGCUUACAUGUGUACAAUUACUCACCCCUUUGGUGUACUCACCAGAUUUCGCUAUUACCUUUUUAAGCAACCCGCUCCUUCCGCUCAGCAACUUCAACUCCUUCAAGGAAAAGACCUUUGCUAGGCUCUGGCUCAAAUAUGGGCCCAUGUACGCCGACCAGAUCCCUAAGGGUCUCCCACCCUUGCUGGCGCAGUCGCGCGGCCUGGUUCUCGACAUCGGCCCGGGGUCGGGCGAGCAGGUCAAACGCUUCACGCACCCGGAGAACAUCACGGCCAUCUACGGCGUCGAACCAGGCGCCAGCAUGCACGAUAAGUUGCGGGACAAGGCCAAGCAGGCCGGUCUGGGCGGGAAGUACCACGUCCUCGCGGCCACGGCGGACCUGGACGCGAUCAUCCCGCAGCUGAUCAAGGCCGGCCUCGUUCAGCCCGACAAGACCUCGUCGACCGACCUGCAGCUCUUCGACGAGAUCGUCUGCGUGCGCGUCCUCUGCGGCGUGCCGGACCAAGCCGCCACCGUCGCGGACCUUUACACCCUGUUGAAACCCGGUGGUCGGUUCGUUAUUUGCGAGCACGUCCUCAACACGCACCACGGGGUCGCCCGCCUGGCGCAGAGACUGUACAUGUCCUUGGGCUGGAAACAGUUGAUGGGCGGGUGUUGCUUGACCAGGAGUACCAUGGACACGCUCUUGAAGGUCGCGCAGGCCAGAGAUGGAGGCUGGGCAGAGGCCAAAGUUACUGUCGACGACGAGUACACCCCCGCGAUGCAUGUCACGGGCGUUUUGACCAAGAAGAAGUAG